UUUUAGCCUAUAUCAAAUAGUUCUAAGCUAUUCCUGCAUCUUACAAGAUGCAUACUUUAUACGUGUUAUUUUCAACUGUAAUCAUCGGUUGUGUUUUCUCCGAACAACACGGAAUCAACUAUUUUCAAAAUCGACUGAAAAGAAGCAUUCAUAAAAAUGUAGCAACAAGAAGCUGUUUUGACGAGUUUGAAGUUUGUCGAAAAAAUCCGAAAUGUCGAAUUGCAUUGAUGGGACUUGAUGAUAAAUGCAAAGUGGUGUCUGAACGUUGCAGCGCUGAGAUGGUUGAUCUUCCCAGAUGUGGUCAAAUAAUGGAUCAUCUUUUUCAGUAUGGAUUUCCGCAAACAAAAUGUAACUGUGAUCAGAAUUCAGAAGAAUGUAACAAACUACAUGAAAAGAUUUACAACAAUCCUUGUUUCGGAUCUAUUCGACAUUUGCGAAAGCUAAAUAUAUUUCCAAAAGAAGUGAAUGCAUACGACGCCGCAAAAGGAUUUGAAACAACCACAACUUCACCAGUUCGUGUUACGUCACAAAGUAACGUUAACAUGAAAUCGGGAAUCGCUGGCACAACCCAAAAAGAAACAACAAUGUCGUUUUUUGAUGAGGUUUUCGGCGGAAGAAAGUCUACUCAUUCCGAAUAUCAAACACAAUCCAAUAUCUCUGGGGAGAUGAUUACUUCUAGUCCAUUUGCCAAAAACAAAUCUCGUAGAAAAGACAAUGUCAAACGUCAUCAAAGAAUUGCAAAUUCUCGGAUAAAAGUCGGCGUAAUGUCUUUCGAAAAACCAAAACUGGGUCAGAACGUUGCUGCUCAUCAACCAACAAUGACGACAACUGCUUUAUUGAAGAGUACAAUAGUUCCCAGGAGGCAUGUCAAAACAUCAGAGGGUCGCAAUGUUGAACUGAUGCGCGAAAAUAAAGUGUUUGCAACGUUUGAGAUGAAAGAUAACAAAGGACGCGUUGAAGUCAAGAUUCCAACUGAAUACGAAUGGAAAGAAGAAAAUACAGACUUCAAAGCAAUUGCUAUCAUUUUUGGAAUAUUGCUUGGAAUGUUUAUGAUUGCUGCGAUUGUACUUUUCAUUUGGACAAGGACGAAAAAGUCGAUUUUUCAUAAACGUGGAAAAUUAGUUCAAGAAAAUUCUCGAGAUGAAGUACCAGAUCACAAUUUCUCGACAAAUAGACUUUAUAAUAACAAUCACCGACUUAACGUAUGAAGAAAAGAGAAUAGUUAUUGAAAAAUUAGGGAAGGCAAACCUGACACUCCCUAUUGCAAGUUAUACAGAAACGGAAAUUAAAAAAGAACUUGGCAUCAAGACAUGGCAAUAAAUAGUACUAUGUAUAAACAAGCGAAUUGUAUGAGUAUAUUAUUCAACUGUAGGCUACUACCAUUAUUUCUUCAAUUUAUUUGUAUGGUUUUCCCAAACUAACAAAGUCUUAACGUAAAACCCUCAAUGUAACAAUUCAAAUAUUAUUUGUUGAUACUGAUAACAUUCUACAAUAUUAUUUAUUAUACUCUACUCAAACACUGUCAAUAGUCUAUCUUAGACUUGCAUCACACAUUUAUUAUUUCUCGCUAUUUUAAAUUUCUAAACCCAAUUCCUACGAACGGUUUUGCGAUUAUACUCGAAUAUCUUUCUAUUUUCAUAUUCCUACCUGUUUUACUGCGCAUAAAUGUGACUUCUAAAAUCAUUGCAAAGUAAAGAAUAUUAAUUUGAAUACUGAGUGAGAAUCAUUUUGAUUGGGUUUUGAGUGGAACAGAAGUAUAUUACUUCAUUUAUGAGUGCAUGGUAUCCUCAAUUACGUUUCCGAAUGAGUCGCACAUUAUGACUUUAUGUAUUAUUUAUUUGUUAUUUUUUUUUACUUUCUUCAGGUUUAGUGCAAUACAGUGUUUCUUUUUUUACGUUUUAAUAAAAAUUAUUC